CUCAUCCUCUCCUCCUCCUCCUCCUCUGCUGCCCUCCAAAGCUGCAGCACAGCGACCAUGGCCCUGGUGACUCUGCAACGCUCCCCCACCCCGAGUGCAGCAUCCUCGGCCAGCACGACCAACAGCAGCGCGGGGGAGGACUUUGGGAGUGAUGAUGACCGGAAAAACAAUCAGAGCCUCAGUGAGAGCUUCUUCAUGGUCAAAGGAGCCGCCCUCUUCCUCCAGCAGGGCGGCAGCACACAAGGACCACAGAGCACGACCCAUCACAAACAUGCAGGGGAUUUACCUCAACACCUGCAAGUCAUGUUUAAGAUCCUCCGGUCUGAGGAUCGCAUAAAGCUGGCUGUACGGUUAGAAAGCGGAUGGUCAGAGCGAGUGCGCUACAUGGUCGUUAUCUACACCAGCGGCCAUCAAGAUACAGAGGAAAAUAUUGUCCUUGGAAUGGACAUCACAGACAAAGAAAGUAAAGAUUGCUCUAUUGGGAUGGUGCUGCCUCUGUGGAGUGACACCAACAUUCAUCUAGAUGGAGACGGAGGCUUCAGUGUGAACACAGCAGGGCGGUCACAUGUCUUCAAGCCUGUAUCCGUGCAGGCCAUGUGGUCUGCCCUGCAGGUCCUUCACAAGGCAUGCGAGGUGUCACGUCGGUUCAACUACUUCCCAGGAGGCAUUGCUCUCACGUGGAUGGCCUUCUAUGAGAGCUGCAUCACCUCUGAGCAAAGCUGCAUCAAUGAGUGGAACGCUAUGACCGACUUGGAGACAACACGGCCGGACUCGCCCACCAUGUUUGUUGACAGGCCGACUGAGCGCGAGAGAACUGAGUGUCUCAUUAAAGCCAAACUACGCACCAUCAUGACGUUUCAAGACCUGGAGAACAUCACCUCCAAAGAGAUCCGUAAUGAGCUGGAGCAGCAUAUGAGCUGUAACCUCACAGAGUACAAAGAGUUCAUAGACAACGAGAUGCUGCUGAUCCUCGGUCAAAUGGACAAGGCCACACUCAUCUUUGACCAUGUUUACUUGGGCUCUGAGUGGAAUGCUUCCAACCUAGAAGAACUUCGAGACUGCGGGGUGGGUUACAUCCUGAACGUUACAAGAGAGAUUGACAACUUCUUCCCAGGAUUGUUCUCUUAUCACAACGUCCGUGUGUAUGAUGAGGAGGCCACAGACCUGCUGGCCCACUGGAACGAAACCUAUAACUUUAUUGUCAAGGCCAAGAAGAACAACUCCAAGUGCCUGGUGCACUGUAAGAUGGGGGUGAGCAGGUCUGCCUCCACAGUUAUUGCGUAUGCAAUGAAGGAGUACGGCUGGUCUCUGGAGAAGGCCUACAACUUUGUCAAGCAGAAACGGAGUAUAGCUCAGCCAAAUGCUGCCUUCAUGAGACAGCUCGCAGAAUACGAGGGGAUCCUUGACGCCAGUAAACAUCGCCACAACAAGCUGUGGAGGCCAGACACAGAUGAAGAGGGGUCAGAUGAUUUGCAAGCCUCUGGUCACAGUACAGGAGGGGAAGGGACACCGGUACUCAGAGGGGAGGAGGCCUGGGGAGGCUGUGGGGCGUCGCCCUGCAGGGGUAUGGGUCUGGAGAUGGAGCCACUCGACUCUCUUAACUACAACUAUUACUUCAGACGUCUGUCGGACUCCGCGCUAGACAGCGAGCCCUCAACCCCAGUGCGGGGCCCCCCUCUGCUGGGUAUGGAGAGAGUUUUCAUUGAGAUUGAAGACGUGGAGAGGGAUGCCCUGCUGGAGGAUGAGGGUUUCCCAAUGGCUCAUUUAGCUCUGCCAGGCGAGGGUACAGCAGCUCAAACGUGUGGGCGACUUGAUCCGAUGGAGGACAUGAGACUGAGGCUAGAGUUCAGUACUUUGGAGGAAGAGGACGAGGAAGAGGCCAAGAAAGAGGAAGCAGAGAUGGCAGCCUUGGCUCAAACACCUGGAAAUUCAGAUGGGAAGGAGGCGGAGAGAACAGAGGAAAGCCAGAUAGGCCUAGCCAACCUGAACACCAACAACAGCAACCGGCUGGCUGCCAAACGCAGCUGCCCUGCAGCUUUUGACGACAGUGCAAGCACAGGAAACCCUUUAAAAGUGAAGCCUUCAUACCAGUCCUGUAAAGACUGCCUGCGUCUACCACAAGCACGGCGGUGUGACCGUCCAGCAGGAGGCCGAUCUCAUCGCCUUAACCCCUCCCGCCACUGCACUGUCCCUUCCAUAUGCAUAGAUCCACCCGGGACACACUUUGCCUCCAGCCCAAUCCUGCACUCUCUGCAGGCUGCUGCAGUCAUCCCCCAAAACUUUGUCCAGCCCUGUAGUCACGUGUACCGCUGUGCCACCUGCAUCCCCGGUGUCCCACUAACCAUCCGACAGAAAGUUGUGUCACCCAUGAGCUGUGAUGACACUUCUUUUGACCGUAGCUCAGUGGAGACAGAGGACAUGGAGGAUCCCCAGGCACAGGAUAUAGGAAAACAGAUAUCAAGGAAGGGGAUCGGGGCAAUUCAUGAGACUACAGCAGGUGGUGCAGUGGAGCUCCAGCUGCAAAUGCCAGGACUGGGGAUGGGAUUUGGUCUGGAACUGAUGCAACAGAGGGCAGAGCAGCUGGAGAAGCUUCCAAAUUUGUCCAUGGAGGGGCAACUCUAGUGGGGCCCGUGCCUCAAUACAGGAUCACAGGGAAGGAUAAGACAGAGGAGGAGGAAGUUAAACACUGCCUCCAACAGGUUAAUUAUUCUGGCUAUGGGCUUUUUAGAUGACGGCUGUUUUGGUGCUGUACCAGAAACAAAGCUCUGCCUAGACCUGUGCCGCCUCACAGCUGCAACAGCUCUCUCUGCAUAUAGAGAGUCCUGCUAUUAUCUACUGGCAUGGAUCCAUGCGAUGCCAUUUGUUUUGACCAUGCAGGUAAGGACUGUAGACUCUGUUGUGUCCUCCACAUACAAGGAUCAUCACUCUUUCCCACAGUCUAGUGAAGAUGUUAAUCUGCCAUUUCACCCCCCAAAACACAUUUAAGAACAGAAGUGUUAUCUAAUUUCUGAAAAAGCUAUUUCUUUGAUGUUGAUGUAAAGAAAAAAAAACCUGGAGUAACAUGCUUCUGUCAGUGUACUGUUUGUUUUUAAUCCAACUCUUCAACAGUAUUUCUGAAAGAGCUCAGUGAAUGUUUGCAGAUUGGUUGCAUUCAGUAUUCCCUCAUGACACCACUGAUAACUGGUUGGUCAAUUACCUUCACUGAUAUUUUUCAUGCUGCAGCUGCUUUUGGGCAUUUCAUGUGAAUGCAUAACUGUUUUUAAAAGGAUGCAAGCAUAUGUGAGCCAUUUUGAUGCCUCUGUGUAAAGCGUCGUACCUCAGACCAUAAGCAUCUAAGACUGUUUUGGUCAAAGACUGUUUUGUUGUCUCCGCUCAGUGGCUAAGUUCACUCGACCUCCUCCGUUAAACUUAAUGUGAUCAUGUAGUUAAAGCGCUCACUUUAGCUCACGCAUGACUUGCAGUAUUAUGUAACAUAUCUACAACGUGCUUAGACAGAAAACAUAUGAAGGUCGUCAUUCUUUCCUUUUUUUAUAGUCGAAAAACUUUUGGUAUCCAGCUAAAUGUUUUAGUGUCAAAAAAGGUGCAGUGAUUCAUGACAAGAUAUUUCAAUCGGAAUGAAUUUAACCAACUGCUUUUUACCUUAAACAAUGAUACAUACAAGAAAAAACGUAGACAUCAAGUGUUAUGAUGGCGAGAAACAUUCAGAGGCUCAAGUUUCAUUUCAUUUUCUCUUCUUGGUCAGAUCACUCCUGAUGUAACAAAGCCAUAUCGUGCUGCCAAGUUCACUUAAUCACUGCAAACUCUUUUCUUUGAUACAUUUCACACACUUUUAUUUUCUGACACUGACUACAUCUGGGCUUUUUAUCAAGGGCCUCACGCUCAGUUAGCAGUUUGAUCAAAAGUUUUUAAAAAAAAGCAGGCUACCUUUCCCCUACACCCAGAAAGUUUGAAUAGUAUAGACUAU